CACGCACAGACACGCACUCAGCUCCUGCUGCUCCGCAACUCUUCACCGCAACUUCACCGCAGAAAACACAUCAGGCAUCAUGGGGAAAGGCUGCGUGAAGGCCACCAAGUACUUCCUGUUCCUCUUCAACCUCAUCUUCUUCCUGUUCGGCGCCGUCAUCAUGGGCUUCGGACUCUGGCUGCUGCUGGACAACCAGAGCUUCAUCGUCCUGCUCAACGACUCCCCAGCGGUGAAGGUGGCCUGUUACCUCCUGAUCGGAGCCGGAUCCUUCUCGCUGCUCAUGGGCUUCCUCGGCUGCUUGGGCGCCGUUUACGAGAUCCGCUGCCUGCUCGGCCUGUACUUCACCUGCCUCCUGCUGAUCCUUCUGGCUCAGAUCGCCGCCGGCGCCCUCAUCUACUUCCAGAAGGACGUGUUGAACGAGGAAAUGUCCAAGAUCGUCUCCAAGGUUCUGGACAACUACCCCGGGAACAACUCCAGCACGGAGCAGGCCUGGGACUUCAUCCAGUCCAGCAUGGAGUGCUGCGGCUGGAACGCUCAUCUGGACUGGAACGGGAACCCGGUGAUCGUCAACAGCUCCCAGCUGCUGUUCCCCUGCUCCUGCCAGAACAUCUCGCUGGCAGCAGGGAACUUCUCCAGCAGCGGCUUCUGUGAGGCGCCGACGCCCGACUGGCCCGUCUACGCCGUGGGCUGUGCUGCCAGCGUGGAGAGCUGGCUCCUCACCAACAUCGGCGUAGUGCUGGGCAUCUGCCUGGCGGUGGCGCUCAUCGAGUUGCUGGGGAUGGUCUUGUCCAUGUGUCUGUGCAGGAACGUUCACAGGGAGGAUUACACCAAAGUGCCAAAGUUCUGAAGCUGCAACAAGAACGAGGCAGAAACAAUAAUGAGUUUUCCACCUGAUAUUCAGUGAGAGAUUUUGUCUAAAUGUAAAAUAAUGUGUUUUGGGAUUUUUCUUCUUCCUCUUUCGAGGCACUUCCAUCUUUUAUUUUUGAAAUUGUCGGUCCAGUUUCUUUGGAGCACUUUAGAGAUUUAGAGGUUUUGAACUUUGGAUUAGAGAGCGAAGCUGAAACGUUUGUGAAGUUUGUGAUCGGAGGAACGAGAGGAGAACAUGUCGGUCGAGGGAAGGUGGGUGAAAGGAGGAAGAGAUAUGAAAUAUGACGUUUCUCUUCAUGCUCAGAUCUUUUAUUCUGUCAGUUCAGUUCAGUUUCCAGAAAACAAGAGAAUUCACGUUUGUCAAGACAGAAACAUUUUUUAGGGACGUCUGAUUUGGACAUCUGGAGAAUCGACCUGUUCUUUUUUAAAUACAUGAUUUGUGAAAUGUUUUUAGUAUUUUGUACAUAAUAAUUUGUAUUCAUGAUUUCUUUGUGGUUUUGAUCCAGAAGAAGAAACAAACACCCCCCAGGCUUUUCUUUAGCAGCUGGUUUCUCCCUGAACGUUUUAUGUUUAAUCAUUUUAAUCAUCAGGGUUGUUCUGAAAUAAUAGAAAUAAUGAGGUACUAAAUACUGAUACUUGUUUUCCAGAAGUAUCGCUCUCAGUUUACAACCAGCAAAAGUACGAUAUUUAUUUUGAAGUUACUGUAGAUUUAUGUUUGUGUAUGAACCCCCAUUUUUCUUCUUCACCACUUUUGAAGUCUGUGAAAAAUUCAAAUCUCUGCAACAAUACGUUUCGGAGCGAAUUGAACAUUCUUAAAAACAAAAUUAGCUCCAUUUGAAGUAGAGUUUUAACAUUCAGACGAGAUGUUGUUUUUAUUAUAAUGUUUUCUUUGUACAGUCUGUAUGAAAAACGUCCCAUUAACCUUUAACCUCUAAGACACAAAGGUUUGUAACUCGGGGGUUCGUGGGACUGCAGCUGGAUUAGUACGUGUGCUCACUACAUUUAUUCUAUUUCAUUUUCACAAUAAACUGAUGUCAGAAGUC